CCAGCCUGGCACAUGCCCUGCAUUCCCACCCUCUGAGCUCACUCGGGGGAGGGGCCUGGAAGGAAAGGGGCCUUCUCUUGGCCUGGAGCCCAGUCGCCCCUCUGCCAGCCUCAUCUGGGAGGUGCCUGGCGCUCUGGGUCUCUGCUCCAAUGACCAGAGAUGACCAUCCAACGCCCUUGAACUGGGAGGGGGCUGGCCACAGGCGAAGGGAAGAGAGUGGUCGAGGCUUAGGAGAGGACUGGGCCGGAAGAACAGCUGCAGGAGCAGGGUGGGAGGAGGGAUGGGGAGCAGCUGGAGCCGAAGCAGCUGCUGGGUGUCCUCUCGUCCCAGGUGUGCUUGGAGAGGCCGAGCCGCCGGAGCCCGAGCUGGUGGAGGUGGAGGUGGGCAGCACAGCCCUCCUGCAGUGCGGCCCCUCCCGUUCCCAGGACAACCUCAGCAACGUGGACUGGUUUUCCGUUCACAAGGAGAAGCCCACACUCAUCUUCCGCGUGCGCCAUGGCCUUGGUCAGAGUGAGCCCGGGGAGUACCAGCACCGGCUCAGCCUUCAGGAUGCAGGGUCUACUCUGGCCCUGACCCACGUCACCCCUCACGAUGAGCGUGUCUUCCUGUGCCAGGGCAAGCGCCCUCCGUCCCAGGAGCACCGCCUCCAGCUCCGCGUCUACAAAGCUCCAGAGGAGCCGAGCAUCCAGGCCAAUGCCUUGGGCAUUUCGGUGAACAGCAGGGAGCCUGAGGAGGUUGCUACCUGUGUGGGGAGGAAUGGGUACCCCGUCCCUCAAGUCAUCUGGUACAAGGACGGCCGGCCUCUGAAGGAGCAGAAGAACCGUAAGUACCCCGGGAAGCCCGCCUCCCACCAGCCGGGUUGGGUGGGCAGCGAGGGGAACGUGGCAGCCAGGGCAGGGGUGACCGAGUGUCUUCGUGGGACAGAGAAAAAGCUGCGCGAGCCCCAGAGCAAGGGCGUGGUCAUCGUGGCCGUGACCGUGAGCCUGCUGGUCCUGGCGCUGCUGGGCGCCGUCCUCUGCUUCUUCUACAAGAAGGGCAAGCUGCCCUGUGGGCGGUCGGGCAAACAGGAGAUAACGCUGCCCCCACCUCAUAAAAGCACAUUUGUAGUUGAAGUUAAGUCAGAUAAGCUCCCCGAAGAGAUGGGCCUCCUACAGGGCAGCCGCGCUGACCAGAGGGCGCCUGGAGACCAGGGGGAGAGAUACAUCGAUCUGAGGCACUAGCGCGGAGGUGGACGCCUUCCUGCCCACGCGCCCUGCUCGCCCGCCCCGCACUCAGGACGGUCACCAAAGCCUGACCCCCCCACCCCCGUUUUGCAGGGCCAGUGGACUGGCCGGGACCAGGGCGCAGGGCCCUGGCGGCCCCUCCUCAGGACCACACUCUCCAUGUGUGGAGUGGCGCUCACCCCAGGCGGCCUUGGUCCAGGAGAGGGGCCAGUUCUGCGGGAACCUCUCUGCUCAGUUAUGGACUAAGGCUCCGCCUCCUGCCCACAGCAUGGAGUCAGGGGCCUGUUUGUCUCAGGGGACUUCCUUCCCCAGUUGCCUUCCCAGUUCUGCUGUGUGGCUGCAGUUGCCCGUCUGCGGGGUCCCUUUGGUGACCCCCUUCCCUGGGUGGGGCCAGGAGCUGGUGCCAUGCCUUCCGAUGGACGCUCCUUGUCCCAGCAGUGAGGGCGCCCCUGCUUCCUGGUCAGGCCCUGAGCUGCUCACUCGGCUCCGGGAUCACGACUGGAGGGUGAGCGCAGGGGGCAGAGAGGGGGUCUCCGCGGCCCUUUAAGGGGAUUAAGAUGACAGUGGCCCUAGCACCAAACUCCUAUGAGCUGAGCUGACGGCCCUAAAGGGACGCUGGGAAAUGGGCCAGAGCUUGGGGUAUAAUGUGUAUGUGUGUGUGUGGUUUUGUUAGGUUGUGUGUAAAUUUGCAAAUCGUUUCCUUUACACACACACACACACACACACAUACACACACACAAAUAAAGCUUAGUUGUCCGGGAAACCUUACGUGUUUCAUUCACCGUGGGAACCACAGUGCCUGGGCUCCAAAUGGACCGCCACCAGGAGGAUCCCGCCACGAGCCCGGCAGCAGGCAGGCGGCUCCAGCCCCCAGGGUGACCCCUGCCAAGGGGCAGAGAGCCUGUGGGCCCCGUGGCCUGGCGGAGGCACAUGGGCUCAGCUCCCCUACGUGUCAACCCUCCAUCCCCACCAAAGACAAGCACUCAGGUCAACUACAACAAAAGAAACUUUAUUUAAAAAUACUUUACAGACGUAGGUGCUUGAAAAAGCUCUUUAGUUAACUGUAUAUAAAUGAAAAAAUUAAUAAAUAACAGUAUAACAGACCUGAACAUGAACACACUGGCAAAACAAAUGGACUUAAAAUAGAAACAAAUCUUAAAGCUCUGCUAUCCUCUGUAGGAAUAUUUACCUUCUGUUUUUCUUAUUCUUUACAAGUGAGAAGGAUUAAAUACCACGAAUAUAAAGUUUCUUAUAUUAAUGACACUUU